AUUGGGUUUUUUGUUAGCGCGAAUCCUUAAACAAAUGUGAGUUUUCCUGAGCAGGGGUUUAAUAAACUGGUUUUCAUAUUAAUGAAUGAUCUUAGAGAAUGUUUGUGAAAUUAUCAUGUGUCUAGAAUAUUAUUUCUCGCAUUACAAACGAAAUUGGUUGGAUUAACUGUAUUUUAUACCUAUGAUGUGCGAUUUUGAAUUCAUGGUCAUGUAGUGAACUCUAUGGGCUUGUCCUGAAACUUUUGUCACUAAUAGGCUGUGCAUGUUAUGGCAAGUACUUUGGUUAAGCUGCCUAACGUGAUUUCUAAGAACGCCAAAAAUACUGUAGUUGCUUUAUUUUAAGAACAUGAGGGCGACGUUUUGGUAUAGUUACAGCCUAAGUAAAGGAACAUUCUUGUUUUUAAUUUAUUUCUUUAUAGUAUGUGCUUUUUCUAUUUCAAAUAUUAAAAAUUACUGUUAUGUUUUAAUCGUUACUUUUAUUUCCGAUCCAAUUACAAAAUACCCUGGCGAAAAUAUCCUCAGUGCAACACAAAAAGGAGUAGCUACGGAGUGUAACAUACAAACAGCAGAUAUGAUUAAUGGGUUAUUUCUUUACACUUAUUUCUUGGAUAAUCUUUUCUUUAUCCUCCAUACAUUCCUUUUGAAGUUUGUUACAUCUACGAUAAACCCUCUUCAAAUUUUAAAAUAAAUGAGUUGGUUAUCGAAUGUUUUAUCUGUCUUUUUUCACGGAAACAUGAUUUCCUAGCGUGUCGUCACAUCAUUUUUCGAUAUUUUGUAAUUCAGUGAGAUUUUUUCUUUGUGUCGUACUUUAGAAAUUGUACUUAGAUUUCUUCAACGAUGGAACAAAUCCAUAUAAAGGUUUUUGUUAUCAAUACCUCUUACUAGCCUAUGGUUUUCGGUUGAAUUUAUCUUGAGGUCACAGACCAUUUUAUCGAUUGGUCCUAGUAUGUUUAGGUUGAGAAGUGUGCUGAUUUUACUAUUUCGUAUAUGUAAAAUCACCAAGAUAUUGAAUUAUUUGAUUUAAAACUCAUGGCAACUUGUUGUACUUAUGCUUACCCAGACUAAUAUCGAUUUAGGUAAUUUAUCGUUUUCUAAUACUGUGGAAACAAAAAUUGAAAUCUUCUUUCCAAGCAAAUUAGGACUAAAGGUAUACCUUGAAUUUCCAGAUACCUACUAUUAAAAGCAACUUGGUACACUUUAAAGGUAUCGAUGACCUGGUCUGUAUGAAAGAAGAACGCUGUGGUCGUCUUUGAACAACUAACCGAGCUAAAUUCCAGACUUUAUAUUCACAACGUACAUGUGUAUUUGGAUUUAAAAACGCGUUACGGGUCAACUUGAAAUCAGAGCUUUAAACUUUUACUAACAUGAUCCCAACACCUGGGCAAAAUCCUUGGGGCACUCCAGGUUCAGGAGGAAAUGCAUUUCUACAAAGCAACAAACCCCUCAUAGCUGAUUUAGCGCUUGCUGCUCUUAAAGAACGUGGUGAGGUGAAGAAAAAAAAGCUUUGUCCUCAAUUUCGAACAGAUCGUUCAUUAUGUUUGAUGACAAAGAAAAAUCCUCUUAGAAGAGUUUGUAUAUGUAUAGUGGAUGCACGACCAUUUGAAUAUUUUAUAUUGGCAACGAUAUUAUGUAACUGUUUGGCACUGGCAUUCAAUCAUCCUUAUCCUGGAGAAGAUUCGAAUGCCGUAAAUCAGGUUUUGGAAAAAAUUGAACUUGCAUUUGUGAUAAUUUUUACAACUGAAUCUGCUUUAAAAAUUAUUGCCUAUGGAUUCGUCCUCCAUCAAGAUGCUUAUUUAAGGAAUUUUUGGAAUGUCCUAGAUUUCAGUAUAGUCUUAAUUGGUUUGUCAUCAAAAGCAUUGGAAAAUAUGAAUAUCGAUGUAAAAGCCCUUCGAGCAUUUCGAGUGUUACGACCGUUGAGACUACUUUCUGGUUUACCUAGCCUUCAGGUUGUGCUCAACUCUAUCAUUACCGCCAUGGUUCCAUUGUUGCAUAUUGCACUGCUUGUAAUUUUUGUCAUUAUUGUUUAUGCAAUUGUUGGCCUUGAAUUAUUUCAGAGCAAAUUACACCUAACUUGUUAUAAAAAUUCAACACAUAAAAUUCCUGAGAUGAUGCCGAAUCCUCGACCAUGUACAUUUGAAACAUCAUCAAUGGGAUUUAAAUGCAGUGAACUUGGGCCAGAUUAUUUUUGUGCAGAUAUGUAUGGCAAAGAAGGAGAACGAUACACUGGUCCUGAAGGUGGUAUCGUUAGCUUUGAUAAUUUUCUAUAUUCUAUGCUAACUGUUUUUGUGUGUAUUACAAUGGAAGGUUGGACUAGUACUGGGUAUUAUGUGUCUGAUGCUAUUGGUUCCUGGUGGCCUUGGAUUUAUUUUGUAACCCUUAUUCUACUUGGUUCAUUUUUCGUUAUGAAUCUUGUUCUUGGUGUACUAAGCGGAGAAUUCAGUAAGGAAAAAGAAAAAAUAGAUCGUACCUUAUUGUUUCGUAAAGAAAGACAAGAAAAACGUGAACAACAAGAUUAUAUGGGUUAUAAAGAAUGGAUUGAAUUAGCUGAGGAACUAAGUGAUUCUGAAGGUGAUGAUAAAGAAAGUCAAGAUAUAGAAUCAGUUGAUGGUGGUGAUGGGCUAAUUGAAGAGGAACCCGAGAUGCAUGUUGAGGAGGUAGUUAAAACACACUGUCAUAGCACACUUCGCCGUUUAAGAAAAUUCCGUAAACGAACACGACGAGCUGUGAUUGCUUUUAUCAACAGCCGCCAAUGUUUUGCACUAGUUAUUAUCUUGGUUUUUCUUAACACAGUAGUCUUAACCACUGAACAUCACAAUCAACCAGAAUGGUUAGACGAAUUCCAAGAUUUUGCUAAUGUUGUAUUUGUGAUGCUAUUCACAAUGGAAAUGUUAAUUAAAAUGGGGGCAUCUGGUUUCUCAGAUUAUAUUUCAAAACUGUUCAAUCGCUUCGACUUUUUUGUAGUUAUAUUUUCUAUAUUGGAAUUGAUUUUUGUGAAAUCUGGUUUACUCAAUCCGAUGGGUGUUUCUGUGUUACGCUGUGCAAGACUUCUCAGGAUAUUUAAAUUGACUCAGUACUGGGAAAGUUUGCGAAGUUUAGUAGGGAAAUUAUUAAAAUCUGUUCGAUCAGUUGCUAGUCUACUACUUCUAUUAUCUAUAUUCAUUCUUAUUUGCUCUUUACUUGGUAUGCAACUAUUCGGUGGUCGAUUCAAUUUUAUAGCACAUGAAAAACCUCGUGCUAAUUUUGAUGGAAUUUUGCAAGCUAUGCUUACUGUAUUUCAGAUACUUACUGGUGAAGAUUGGAAUGAAGUUAUGUAUCAUGGAAUGAGAGCAUAUGAAAAUAGUCCUUGGUAUGGAGUUGUAGUUAUCUACUUCAUAUUUCUUUUCAUAUGUGGCAAUUAUAUUUUAUUGAACGUGUUCUUGGCUAUUGCUGUCGAUAAUUUAAACGAAGAUGAAGAUGAAGAGGAAGAAGGAAACGGUGAUGCACUAAGAAAACAAAAUGACACACCAGAACUUACAGAGACUGUUGAACCAACUGCACCACCUCCAGAACAGCGAGAAAAUGAAUUAAAUUCAGUGAUAAAAAUUAAACAAUAUGAAAGAACAGAUAAUGAAGAUCAAACAUAUGAAGAAAUGUUUGCUGAAGAUGAAGAUGUUGAGGAAGAAGGAGAUUUAAAUGGUAAAGAUGGAGACGAUCAGAAAGACAUGUCACCACAAGAUAGUCGAACAAUGCCACCUCAUUCAGCAUUCUUUAUAUUUGCUGAUACGAACAAAUUUCGUAUAUUUUGUCAUAAUGUGGUCUGUUUCUCCCAUUUUGGAAAUAUUGUAUUGGUUUGUAUUUUGGUAAGCAGUAUUUUACUUGCUGCCGAAGAUCCAUUACAUGCAAACUCUCCAAGAAAUCGAAUUCUGAACAUGUUUGAUUACUUUUUCACUAGUGUUUUCACUGUGGAAAUCACUUUGAAAAUGAUUUCUUAUGGAUUUGUACUUCAUGAAGGAGCAUUUUGUCGUAGUGUAUUCAAUUUACUUGAUCUUAUUGUUGUCUGCGUAGCAUUAGUUUCAUUCGUGUUACAGAAUCAAACAAUUUCUGCAGUAAAAAUCUUAAGAGUUCUUCGGGUGCUUCGACCUUUAAGAGCCAUUAAUCGAGCCAAAGGGUUAAAACAUGUUGUCCAGUGUAUGAUUAUUGCCAUUAAAAGUAUUGGUAACAUCGUACUCGUCACAUUCUUAUUAGAAUUCAUGUUUGCAGUUAUUGGUGUACAGUUAUUCAAGGGUAAAUUUUACUCAUGUACAGAUAUAUCAAAACAUGUUGAAGAAGAUUGCAAAGGUCAGUUUAUUGAAUAUAAAGAUAUGAGUUUAGACGAUCCUAUUCUUAGUGAAAGAGAAUGGAAAAAUGCUGAUUUCAAUUUUGAUAAUGUUCCAAAUGCUUUAUUAACUCUAUUUGCUGUUUCUACUUUUGAAGGUUGGCCAAGUUUAUUAUACCGAUCUAUUGAUUCGAACGCAGAAGAUCAUGGACCAAUAACAAAUUAUAGACCAAUAGUCGCAUUUUUCUACAUUACAUUUAUUAUUCUCAUUCCAUUCUUCAUGAUUAAUAUAUUCGUUGGUUUCGUUAUUGUGACAUUUCAAAAAGAAGGUGAAGCAGAAUAUAAAAAUUGUGAAUUAAAUAAAAAUCAACGUAAAUGUAUAGAAUAUGCCUUGAAAGCUAGACCACGUCGACGUUACAUUCCUAAAGGGCACUUACAGUUUAAGAUUUGGUCUGUAGUUGUAUCAAAAAGGUUUGAAAUAUUAAUCUUCAUAUUCAUAUUUAUAAACACUGUGGCAUUGAUGUUGAAAUAUGAUAAACAAGGUAAACUUGAAGCAAGAAUAUUAGAUUCAUUCAAUUAUUUUUUUACUGCUGUAUUUACAGUAGAAUUUAUACUUCGUUUAUCAGCAUUCAGCUUUCGGCAUUAUUUUAGUGAUAUUUGGAAUGUGAUCGAUUUUGUCUUGGUCCUUGGUAGUUAUAUAGAUAUCAUUGUGACACAGUCUGAUAUAAGUCAGGUCAAAUUCAGUGUAAAUUUUUUCCGUCUAUUUCGUGUUAUGAGAUUGAUUAAAUUGUUAAGCAAAGAAGAAUCUAUACGUCAAUUAUUGUGGACAUUUAUCAAAUCUAUACAAGCAUUACCAUACGUUGCAUUAUUAAUUGCAAUGAUAUUUUUCAUUUAUGCCGUAAUUGGUAUGCAACUAUUUGGACAAAUUUCCAUUGAAGAAAACCCAUUAGAAGAAGAGGAAUGGCCUACUUUACACAGAAAUAAUAAUUUUCAGAAUUUUUUCUAUGCUCUUUUAGUAUUAUUUCGAUGUGCAACUGGUGAAUCAUGGCAGGAUAUAAUGAUGGCAUGUAGAGAAGGUCAAAAGUGUUCAAAAGAUUCUGAUGAAACAGAAGUCAAUGGAUGUGGAUCAAAAUUAGCCUAUGCCUACUUUAUUAGUUUUCAUGCAAUCAGUGCAUUUUUAGUUAUCAAUCUGUUUGUAGCUGUUAUAAUGGAUAACUUUGACUAUCUUACACGUGAUUGGUCAAUUCUCGGACCACAUCAUCUGGAUGAAUUUAUAACAAAAUGGGCAGAUUAUGAUCCAGAAGCAAAAGGAAGGGUUCGACAUCUGGAUGUUGUUACUAUGCUUGGAAAAAUAAGUCCACCACUUGGUUUUGGCAGCAUGUGCCCACAUACCAGAGCAUGUCAUAAACUGGUCAGAAUGAAUAUGCCUCUGAAUAGUGAUGGAACUGUAUUUUUCAAUGCUACUCUUUUUGCUUUAGUGCGUAGAAAUCUCAAAAUUAAAAUUCCUGGAGCUGAAAUCGGCGAAAAAGAAAAAUCGUUAGAUCAACUGAAUGAAGAAUUACGUAUAGUGAUUAAACGUAUCUGGAAACGUACUAGUCCGAAAUUAUUAGAUCAAAUCAUACCACCGAAAGGUAGUGAUGUUGUCACAGUAGGCAAAUUCUAUGCCACAUUUCUUAUUCAAAAUUGGUUUCGUGAAUGGCAGAAACGUAAAAUGAUACAAAAAGAUACACGAUAUAUUCCACAAAUAAUGGCCGGUGACCGUGCAAUGCCACAUCAACCUACAAUAAUUGGAUUUCCCAGGCGUUGUUCUUCAGAUCUCACUGGUGAUGAGAUUCAGCGCAGACGUGGCGUGGAUAAGCGUGAUACAUCAGGUGGAAUUUUCGGCCGAACUUUAAGUGAAUGGACUAGACGUAGAAGUAGUAAACGUCCGUCGGGUCGUCGAGACAUUAAUACUCAGCAAGUUAACGGAAUGUAUGAUAUUGCAGGAAAUAAUUUAAAGAAUGGGAUGGGAAUAUGGAAUGACAUGUUUUUAAAUGCACAAGCAGGUAAAACUGCUCACCCGGCUGUUGUUGCACUUAUGGAAAAAGAGAGAAAAGAUACUGAAGCUAGAAAUAUGGCAAACAUAAAUCAUGUGAUCGAUGUACAUAAUGAUUCUUCAAAAGCAAAUUAUGAUCCAGAAUCUGGCAAACUGAUUAAUUUGGCCGGUAAUAUGUUAGGAUUUUUAAACUCAGGAAAUUAUCGUUCAUCUGAUUCAACUCAACAUAAAGAUAUGACAACAAGUAAUACGCCAUCAGUUGAAGAUUUGAAUACAGCCCGUAAAAUAUUUGUAGCUGCUAGACGUGAAUCCCUUUUAUCAAAUAAAAAAGAAACAUAUUUCUAGUUACCAUAGAAUACAAUUUCAUAGUUAUGAAUCAUAUUUAUCAUCAAGAAUGAUAUUCAUAUUUCAAUUAAUAUACUAUCUCCAGUUAAUGCAUUUUUUUUUAGGUUUUACAAAAAAUGAUAAUAACAGUUUAUUGUCUUUCACAGUGUAAUUUAUACACUUCAAUAAUUUCAUUAAAGACAUAUACAUAUAUGACAAUUUUCAAUACACAAACUUUAAUUUCAAACAAAAUCAACAAUUAUUUCGUAAUAUAAAAUUAGUGUAUUUAUAAAAAUAAAUAAUUUCAGUCUAUUCAACCUUUUUAUUCAUUGUUUCUUUUCUAUAAUGAAUGAUAAAUGAACUAGGCUCAGCCAUACACAUACUCUUUUUUUUUCUUACCUUACUCAAUGAUUUCACUUCUUCUUCUUCUUUUACCUGUCUUCAUAUGCAUAUAUAUUCUAAAGUAUUCAUAUUCUUCUAGUUUGUUGAUCAAAAUAAGAAGAAACAAGUAAACAUAUUUUAAUUUCAUGUCAUUUGUAUGUAGUUUUAAUUUAUAGUUUAUUUGAUUAUGUUUUAUGCUUAUUUAUUCGUUCACUAUGUACAGUUAUCUUUUGAGCAUUCUUAUAUUACAGAAAAGUAAUUUAUGUAAACCAUCUUCUAUUUGAAGUUAAUUUAAUACUAUUUAUAAAUUUAACUUUAUUCUUCAUUGAUUUUUCAUUCAUUUUGCAAAUAUUAUGGUUAAUUCUUGUUUAUAUAAUAAGUAAAUACAUUCAUUAAAAUUACAUACACAUGAUCCACUUUCUACUUACUUACUUACUUAUAUACUUACUUUGCAGGGUUUUUUUUGUAGAAAUAAUCAUUCAUUUUCAUUAUUUUCUUUUUGUCUUCUUUUUAUUCCGUCUAAUAGUUAGUUACUGGUGUGAAUGAAUUAAUCAUUCAUGAAAACAAUGUUGACUGUUUUAUGUGUCAAAUUGAUGAUUCAAUAUUUUAUAUGAAUGUCUAUGUAUGUUAUGUAAUUCAUUUUAUUCUCUUUUUCAUAUGUUUUUAGCAACUAAAUAAACUAUUCAUGUAUAUUAGAAAUAAUUUUAUAUUGUUGAUAAUUACCUUAUACUUUUUCAUCCAUUCAUUUCAGAAAUUAAUAAUAGGGCUAUCAAAGAUUUCUUUCGUUUACUUCUUUAUAGUAAAUCGUCUAAUUCAUAUGACUUUUGAACAGUUCAGAGUUCUGAUUUAUGUAAUUAUUGAACAUUAAAUUGUUUAUCAGUGAUUCUUUGUCAAGUUUAAUUAUAUGAUCUUGAAGUAUUUCAAAUAAAUAUUACAAUACUCAAUAGAUUCGAACAAUU